AUGGCGAGCAUUUCGAACUUAACCAACACUCUGCCACUGCACGUUCGAAGGUUCCGACCUUCUCGCUAUUCUUCUCUCUGUACUCUCUCUUGUUCUCUAGCUGAAGACGUCGAUCCCAAACCCCCCAUUCCCAAACCCAAUUCGUACUUCCCGAAGCGUGGCCAAACCCUCGAACUCGUGUGCGAGUCCCUCGCCUUUAAAGGCAAGGGCCUCUGCAAAGUCACCGAGACCGGCUUCGUUGUCCUCUGCGACCGCGCCCUUCCCGGCGAACACUUCAUUGGCCGCGUCACUCGCAAAAAGGGAAAUUACGCCGAGGUAACUAAGGUGAAGACUAUAACUCCUCCACGCGACAUUGUGGAUGCUCCUUGUGUCUACGCACCUUAUUGUGGAGGCUGCAAGACGCAGAACUUGUCCUACGAGGCUCAGCUCAGAGCCAAAGAGGAGCAGGUCCGUGACUUGUUGAUUCACGUGGGAAGGUUUUCGCGCGAACUGGUUCAAUUGUACGGUGUUAUUAAGCCAAUUGUUCCUUGUGAUAUUCAGUUUCAUUAUAGGAAUAAGAUGGAAUUCUCCUUCGGUCCCCAAAGAUGGUUGCCUAGAGAGUCACUGCAUGACCGACGUGUUGAUGAUGCUGGUAAUGAAAAUGAAAAUUUUGCGCUGGGAUUGCAUGCUCCGGGUUUUUUUGAUAAAAUUCUAAAUGUUGACAAGUGCUUAUUGCAAUCUCAUCCUGCUAAUAAGGUACUUGCAGCUAUCCAAGAAUGUUGGAGAGAUCCACAACUGGGUUUUUCUCCAUAUAAUGUUCAUUCACACAAGGGAUUUCUUAAGCAUUUGAUGCUGAGAACGGGAAGCAAACCAAACUGCUUGGUGGCAAAACUUGGUGUUUUGCACAGCCAGGCAUCUACUUUGGAGUUAAAGAUGUCUAUAGUUAUUUUUGCAAAUAAAUUACCCUUGGAUGUAACAACUGGUCAGCCUGAAAUUAUGGUCAACUUUGUGACCUCUUCCUACAAGCCAGAGCUGUUGCAGUUCCUAGUUGAUAAAGUUUCUGCAUUUUCUGAAGUGGUUGAGGUUUUAUAUAAGCUUAUAGAAGAUUGCGCUGGAGUCAAGGGUGAUGGGUCGGAAAUUGUCCUUGACCUGUUUUGUGGAACAGGCACCAUAGGUCUGACGCUUGCAAGAAGUGUAAGACAUGUUUAUGGCUAUGAAGUAGUUCCUCAAGCCAUCACAGAUGCUUGUCUUAAUGCCAAGAUAAAUGGCAUACAAAAUGCAACAUUUGUCCAGGGAGAUCUCAAUAAAAUUGAUGAAAAUUUUGGCAAGAAUUUUCCUAAACCUGAUAUCGUCAUUUCAGAUCCCAAUCGCCCAGGAAUGCACAUGAAGUUGAUUAAAUUCCUGCUAAAUCUUAGGGCACCUCGCAUUGUGUAUGUGUCAUGUAAUCCUGCCACAUGUGCACGCGAUCUUGAUUUUCUUUGUCAUGGUGUGGAAGAACAGAAUAUAAAAGGAUGUUACAAACUAAUAAGCCUACAGCCAGUUGACAUGUUCCCACACACACCUCAUAUUGAGUGCGUUUGCCUUCUGGAGCUUCAAUGUUCGAAAAGAUUGGAUUCAUGCUUAGCAGCUUCCAGAUGUGGAUUACUGUUAAGUGUUGAUCCCACUCAUCAUGAGAUUGAUCUUAUGUUACACUUGUCAGAUCUUGGUAUAUUUGAGGUGCAGACAACAGGAAGAAUAACAGAAGUUGAAGCAAUUCAUACUUUCCUCCAACCAAGCACAUCUUCUAUGGUAAAGCCAAGCAAGGAAGUCAUGGUUGUGUCGUGGGGUUCAUCAUCAUCUCAUCUUUAUUCAAUGCAGUUUGUCAUAGCAGACAUUGCUCCAUGCUUAUCUCACUUUGUCUCAAGUUUCCAUCCUGUUAUAGGUCUUGAGAAGACUCUGGCUAUUGGGCCGAGUCGAGCCGAGCUGAGCCGAAGAGCUAACAAGCUCACGUCCUAUGUUCUUGGGCUGGCAUAUUGUAGGCCCAAAGUGGGGCCCACCAACCUGAAAAUGGAUGGGCCACGGUGCAAACACUCUGCAUCAUCAGUACUGGGUAGUAUUCCAUGGCAUCUGAAGUUGAAGAAGGCUGUUAUGCUACUACCAGAUUGUACGCAAACUGAUACAUCCUCUUCUGUUCAGUUACUGAUACUAGCAAGGAUUCUUCCCAUCCUUUUGGCUCUUGGUUUAGCUUUCUGGUUUUUGAAGCAGCUAGAUCUAGCACUGCAAUCAUCUAUGGACGGUCUAAGUUGGGAUUCCUCAUCACAACUUGUUGGUAACAUACCGAUCUUGUGGAGCAGUCAGCCUCAAGACCUUGAAGGAGAGUAUCACCAUUUCAUGCCUCGCAUAAGGUCAAGUGCUCUCAGUCAAACAGGUUAUCCAUAUCCCCGUUCUGAAAAAGUGAGGGAGAUGGUUCAGCCAUCGUCAUGUGAGAUAAUGAGUAUGUUGCCAAACACGAAUCUAACAGCAACCAUGCCUGUGAAUCCAGGAGCAGCUGGAGCCAGUUGGGAAGAAGCUUUAACACCCCAAUCAUGCCCGUCCCUUUCGGUGAAUAUGAACCAAACUAGCAAUUAUGUAGCAGAUUUCAACAUGGCCCACCAGCAACGAAACCUUACCAAUGACACACAAAACGGCAAGGCUACCUGCUCUCUUGGGUCACUUGAUUGCUUGUUUUCAGCUACUAAGAAUAGAAACAUAGACACGUCUGUCGAAGAUGAUGGGAUUUCCAUGAUGGCUUUAUCUGACUGCAGAAACUUAUGGAACUUCAGUUAUGGCAGUGCAGUUUCCUCUGGUGACUCUGAGAGCAAUGGUUCCAAUGCUAGAAACAGUGACAUGCGGUAUUCAUCAGUGAAUGAGCUGGAUGAAACAGUGUCUCAAAGCUUCUCUGAUCAAUAUCUCAGUCAAGGAAGAGUUAUAGAUUCUGAAGUUAUUUGCACAAAAGGGAGAAAUUCAUGCUUCAGCGUUGCUCAGAAUUCUUCUGCUACUGAAGGUGGUUUUAAGCUCAUCUCAGAGACUUCACCAAAGUCAAAGAGACCCAGAUGGGAUAAGCAUCCUGGUUCAUCAAAUAUCAACUUCCAGCAGCCAAAUUCAUCUGUGUCAUCUUCCUUUGAAGAACCUGAUCCAGAGGCCGUAGCACAAAUGAAGGAAAUGAUAUAUAGGGCUGCAGCUUUUAGGCCAGUGAACUUGGGAUUAGAAGUGGUGGAAAAGCCUAAAAGGAAGAAUGUUAGGAUAUCAACUGAUCCACAGACUGUGGCUGCCAGGCAAAGAAGGGAGAGAAUAAGUGAGAGGAUUAGGGUUUUGCAGAAGAUUGUGCCUGGUGGAAGCAAGAUGGACACUGCAUCAAUGCUUGAUGAAGCUGCAAACUACCUCAAGUUUCUCAGAUCGCAAGUCAAAGUACUAGAAAAUUUAGGUAACAAGCCUGACACAAUGAAUUGUCCUCCUACUAACAUAGCAUUCUCUUUCAACCCUUCUUUUCCCAUACAAACAUUUCCCCGUCCAAAACCCUAG